AUCCGACGCUGCGUAGUCGUCGUUUCGAUCCUUUCUUUCUUUCCAAAGUAUUCGAUAGCAGUCUCAAAGCGACUCACACUCGAUGAGCUGCGAUCUGUCGGCACUUCACCAGUCCUCUACCUGAGACGACAAGCUCUGACCUAAGCUGUCAUGGCUCCAGGUGCCGGAGGAAAAAGAAAGAGAGGCGAUCGAUUGUGGUCUGGCGAUUCCGGGAACGAGUCCCAAAGACCCUCCCCCCAUCGUCCGAGUAAUCUCAACAUGGCGCAACACCAACCUCGUGAUUACCCAGAGUCGCGCGGGCGCCUACGACGGCAACCGAGCCGAGGAGGUCGUAACGGUCCCAGUCGGAGACCAAGCGCUGAUGGCCAGAAUAACAUGACUCCUCCCAACGCGACUCCCACUGUUUCCAGGGAAGUUUCCGAUCCGAUGCAGACAAAUGGGACCGCGGCAGGCGUUGGAAACCAACAAUCUCGGCCGUCACCGUCGCCUGCACCGCCGGCUCCUGCUCAGCAGGAGCAAACUCAAGCGCCGCCCCAGACGCAAGCGCCGCCGCAGCCCGAGCCUGCUCCCGUCAUCCAACCUCCUAAUCCACCCACACCCUACACUUACGAAUAUGUUACCGAUAAUGUUAUUGGAGAGUGGAUGCUGAUAGGGCGGCAGAGGCUGGUUGAUGAAGGCAUCCAGACAAAAAAUCAACAGAACGUUGGGAAAUUGGCGUCUAUCUACCAGGAGUUGAUCCGCUCCGCUAUUUACGGCCGAUUACCACCAACAGAUGCAGGGGCUGCAGUGAAGGAUAUAAUCGGAGAGGAAGUUGCAGCUCAGCAUGUCGAUAUUGAGAACGAACAAGAUGCGAGACCGUUACUCGAUACGCGCGCUCUGUUCCUUGAUAUCCUUUCCAUUGUUACCGAUUCGGAUACAACUAAUGGUGCCCUGAAACCGUUGGUGUUCUCGACUGGUAUUAGUGCGGCGCUCAUGCGUCUCCAGCUCGACACACCACUUCUUCAAUCGCUCGGACUUGUCCGCGAGACCUUUGCUCGUAUGGGUAUUCGAAAGCAGACCAACCUUCUUUACCGGCAAUCGAACUAUAACCUUUUGCGAGAAGAAUCGGAAGGUUACUCGAAGUUACUUACCGAGCUUUUUACAACAAGCAACAACGAACCGCCAUCUAGUGAGGUCGUGGAGGAUACGUUCGAACGGGUAAAGGCAAUGAUUGGUGCUUUUGACAUGGACGUUGGCCGUGUUUUGGACGUUACUCUCGAUGUUUUUGCUGCUGUUCUUGUGAAACAAUAUCGGUUCUUCGUGAAGCUCCUGCGCGUUAGUUCGUGGUGGCCCAAGGAAGAUACCUUCCGUACUCUCGAAGGCAGCAACCGUGAUUCUGGGUUGCCGAACUGGGCAUUGCCAGGUUCGUCUGGCUGGAUCACAACUGAUGAAGAACGAGCAGAGAUCGUGAAAUCCAAUGAACAACGAGACCGGGAGUUCUGGAGCCGAGUGAGAGAGAUUGGAAUCCGCGCUUUCUUCGAAAUCGGGCGCAGGCCGAUCUCCGAGGAGGAAAAGAAACAAAUACUCCCUGAAUCAAACACCUUGUCAGAAGAAGAGAUCGAGACUCGCAAGUGGAUCGAGGAAACUGGGACAUUGCCUCCUAAAGGUAGCCGCGUCGCCGCGCAGCUUCUCGGAUUCAAGUUGCGCUUCUAUUCGUCUCGGGCACGCUCAAAGUCAGAUGUUCUCCCUGAUAACCUCAUUUAUCUGGCAGCUUUGCUUAUUAAAGUGGGCUUCAUUUCCCUUCGCGACUUGUACCCUCAUCUCUGGAGGCCCGAUGAUUCGAUGGAUGCGCUGAAAGAGGAGAAGUUGAAAGAGAAAGCGGAGCGGGAACGAGCAGCAAAACCGGGUGGUGGUGUCAACGCGUUGAUGAUGGCCGGUGCUUUGGCAGAUGAUACUGUUCCUAUGCCACGGAUACGCGAGUCAGAAGCUCGAGCCACCCCGAGUAGGGAACAAGAAGCAGACAAGGCUGCGGCCAAAGCGGAGGAGGAUGAACUCCCGGAACCGUCAGAUCAAAAGGUCCUGCUGCUUAAAAGUCUGCUGGCCAUUGGUGCCCUUCCUGAAGCCCUUUUGAUCUUGAGCAAGUUUCCUUGGUUGAUGGAUGUCUACCCCGAACUUCCUGAAUUCAUCCACCGUGUUCUGCAUCACUCGUUGAGCAAGGUCUACGCCUCGUUACGUCCCUUGCCUUCUGUGGAAGGUCUUCGGGAUCAGCAGCAGAUCCCCAGCCUGGACCAGUCCAGUGUACCUAAGGGGCAGAUCCGGUUGAACCAGGCGCCACCGAGGAGGGUUCUUAGAUGGGCCCAGCUUGACGUGGAGGAUGAACAUGAUGGGACAGAUUACCGGUUCUAUUGGGACGACUGGGCGGACAACGUUCCUAUCUGUCAGUCUGUUGAUGACGUGUUCGCUCUCUGUUCUUCUUUCCUUAACCUCUCUGGUCACAAGAUUGGACAGGAUGCGACUUUGCUCUCGAAAUUGGCACGAAUCGGAAGAGACAGUUUGAGCAAGGAUAAUUCUCAAGAGAACAGGGCCCGUUGGCAGGAUUUGUGCAAGCGUCUUCUUGUUCCCGCUAUCAGUUUGACCAAGGCCAACCCUGGUGUGGUCAAUGAAGUUUUCGAUCUCAUCAGUUUCUUCUCCCGUGAGGUCCGGUACAAUAUGUACGCGGAAUGGUACUUUGGACAAACCUCGCGACUUCCCGACAUUAAGUCCGCAUUCGACCAAGCUAGAGCCGAAACCAAGGAUACGCUCAAGAGAUUGAGCAAGACGAAUAUUCGCCCCAUGGCUCGUGCGCUGGCAAAGAUUGCAUAUGCUAACCCCGGAAUUGUCAUCAACGUUGCCAUCAGCCAAAUUGAAUCCUACGAGAACCUCAUCGAAGUUGUUGUGGAGUGUGCCCGUUAUUUCACGUAUCUUGGAUAUGAUAUCUUGACAUGGUCCCUGAUCAACUCUCUCGGUCAGAAAGGACGGAGUCGUGUCCAGGAAGGAGGUUUACUAACCAGUCGGUGGUUGAAUGCACUGGCUACGUUCGCUGGCAGGACUUUCAAACGAUACUCUGUCAUGGAUCCUACUCCAGUGCUGCAGUAUGUGGUAGAACAGCUGCGGCACAAUAACUCCACUGACCUUAUUGUCUUAGAGCAGAUGAUCAGCUCCAUGGCAGGUAUCAUCACGGACAGCAGCUUCAACGAGGCUCAAAUCCAGGCCAUGGCAGGCGGCGAUACCCUUCAGUCGCAGACGAUUCUGCAGCUAUUGGACAAGCGACACGAGUCCAAGACGACUUCGAAGCGGCUUAUGAAGUCGCUUACUGUUUCCAAGCUUGCUGGUCAAUUGCUCGUUGCUAUUGCACAAGAGCGGUGGACCUGUAUCUUUCAGGAGGAGGGCUCCGAAGAGCUGAAGCUUUUGGGUAACAUCUUCGAUGAAAUUCACCGUAUUCUUACGCAGUAUCUUGAUCUGCUGCGCAGCAACCUGUCGGUCGAGGAGUUCGAUUCGUUUGUUCCUGAUUUGCCCACUCUUAUCAAAGAAUUCGGUGUGCAGCCUGAACUCGCUUUCUGGAUUCAACGACCCAGCAUCGGGAAGAAGAUCGCUGAAGUUGAACGAGCAGCGCAGGAGGAGGAAGCUGCGUCAAAGAACCGUGAAAGUCAGAGAUCUCCCUCAGCACCGAAGGCCGAGGAUGGCCAAGACAUGACAGUUGAUGGUGAGUCAGCAACCAAGAGCGAGGAAGCAACGACCGAAGGAAUGAUGGAUGUGGACAAGCCACAGUCACAAACUUCAAACGAAUCGGAUGGCACACUUGCUCCUGAACAACCCGUCGCGAACGGCAAUGGUAAUGCCGAUCCUCCUGCAUCAAAUGCUGUUGUCCAGGACAUCGAAGAGCAGAUCCAGUCUGUCUUGUCGCUCGAUACAUACGGCAUCGUGGGGUUACGUUUCUACGUUAUCUUCUGGCAAUUGUCACUUUAUGACGUGCACGUUCCCCAGAAGGCGUAUGAAGAUGAAAUCGACCGCCAGAAGAGGAAGGUAGUUACAAUCAACAACGAUCGAUCCGAUAUCAGCAUGGCCGGGACUCAGCGGAAGGAACGAGAAAAGAAGCAGCUCACUCAGCUUCAGGAACGAAUUUUGGAAGAGAACAAGACUCAUCUCAAGGCGUACGGUCAAACCAGGACAAGAUUGCAGAAAGAAAAGGACCGGUGGUUUGCUGGCAUGCGUGGAAACUACGACACUUUGAACGUUUCUUUGUUGGAACAGUGUUUCGUGCCUCGUUUGCUUCUGUCACCGAUUGAGGCUUUCUACUGCUUCAAAAUGCUUAAGUUCUUGCAUACCUCUGGAACACCAAACUUUCGGACUGUCGGGUUGUUGGAUCAACUGUUCCGCGAGCAAAGAAUAACGGCUAUCAUCUUUCAAUGCACCUCGAAGGAGGCGGACAACUUUGGGCAAUUCCUCAACGAAACCCUACGGGACCUCGGUCGCUGGCACGCCGACAAGGCUGUGUACGAGAAAGAGGCUUUCGGUACGAAAAAGGACCUCCCCGGAUUCGCUUUUACCGUUGGCUCCGAUGGAAAGCCAGCAGGGUUUAUAGACUACGAGGAUUUCCGUCGGCUGUUGUACAAGUGGCACCGUAUCUUGGCCUCAGCACUCAAGAUUUGUCUGAACGGAGGUGAAUAUAUGCACAUUCGAAACGCGAUCAGUGUGCUCAAGGCAAUCGUCCAGCAAUUCCCCGCUGUCAACUGGAUCGGCCGCGAUAUCUUAAAGAGCGUCAACAACCUGAGCCAGAACGACGAACGAGAUGACGUGAAGACACCCGCUGCUUCGCUGAUUGGAGACCUCAACCGGAGAGAGAAGAAGUGGAUGCUUCCUCAGGCGUUUAAUGAGAUUAAAGGACCGAUCCCGGCACAGCAACAGAAGACUGAACAAGCUUCGUCUGAUAAGGCUGGCGCCUCGGGAACGGCGACACCGACAGCAUUGAAUGCGACUGCACCUUCGUUUAAGCCCCCAGUUGGCCAAGAAGCCGAGGGCACCCCUAAGUCUGAACCGUCAAAACAGGAAGUUGAGGAUGGAGAGAUUGAGGACGCCAAAAUGACCGAUGUUGCGAUGAAGGGAACGGAAGAAGGAACUCAGCAGAAACAAGAACCUUCUGCGAAACCUGAGACGGCACCGCAGCAAGCUGAGCAAACUGCUACUGGCGGUGCAGAGGCAUCACCAACCGACAAACCAGCCGAACCAGCAGUUGAACCACCUCGCGCUUCGUCUGCUUCCGCUGUUUCUCAACCAGAGCCUCUGGCUCCCGAGAGACAAGCAGAGGUUCCCAAGCGUCCUGAAAUCGAACGAUCUUCGUCCAGUGCAUCAAACAUUCGUGGAUUGCCUAACCGGCCAAUUCGCCAUGGAGAUGGAAGACUGCCGCCCCGACCUGAACGGCAACGACACCCUAACCGCUAUGAUGGGGAGCAUGAUCACCCUGGUUAUGGUCCACUCGAGAGGGAACUCCCGACAAGACUGCCCACCGAUGAGCCAUUCCGUGGUCCUGCGUAUCGCGACGGUCGACUUCCCCGGGAGCCCGAAUGGCCGGACCGACCUGGACGGUUGCGCCCUGCACCUGAUGGCUUUGAUGUACGGCCCGACGGUCCACGUGUGCCCCAUGAAGCGCCAAGUGGUCCACGACCAGGCCCACAAACGCAUCCUGACCGUGCUGGGUUGAUCCAUGAGCGUCCAGACCGGGAUCGACGCGGGCCUCCACCGAGAGGUCUAUCACUACCGAGACCAUUAGAUCUCCCAGGCCGGCUGGAACGUUUCCCCGGCGAUGAUCGACGUUUUGCCAAUUACCCUCCGAGUUCGCGACUUGAUGAUUUGCCCACGGGACCUCGCAGCGAACGUCCAGGACGAGAGAUUCACGAUUCAAGGGAACCUCCUUCUGGCCCAGACAUCAGCCAUGGACGAUUGCGCCAGCCGGAACCUGCGGAGAUUCCUUCUGGACCACGGGUAAGGAACGCACAUGGGCGUGGUGGCCGCGGAGCAUCUGGACCACAGCUUCCGCCUCCACCUCCCGCGGGAGGCAACGAGCGCCAACCGCCAAUGGGACCGAAACAGCAAGCGGCAGGCGCACCGCCAUCGCCUGCCAGUGAACGGAUGGACAAUAGCGGAAUUCAUCCAGACCGUCUCAAGGCAUUGCAGCUUCAAGGAAAUGACUAUGGUGGUGGACGAUCUCAGCAACCACCAUCACCAGGGAUUGCCCCUCCAUCCGGGCCCCGUAGUUCAUUUGCCCCGCCAUCAGGCCCAUCACCUAUUCCUCGUGGAGCACAGCCUCCAGGAACUGGUGGUGGUAGUGGCGGUGGUGACCGGGGACGAGGAGACAAACGAUUCGCCGGCAUCAACACUAUGCUUCAACAGUCGGCAGGCCCUGCAGAUCGCAGUGGACCUGGUACAUCGAUCCGGGGCCGAGGCGCAAAUCGCUCUGCCGCUGCCAUGAAUGCGCCAUCUCCGCAGUCUACUCCUUCUGGCGGAACACCUGAUGAUGGAAGUCGCACUAUUUCGACUUCUUCCCAACAAGGUCGGCCUGACCUUUUGGCGGAUCGGAUCACCAGCGCUUCCCGAGGGGAUGAGAGCCACUCGCGUAGGAGUCUUGGAGGUCGAGGCGACUUGCUCGAGGAGCCUGGUUCUGAGCCACGCCGUACGCAGCGACACUCAGAACGGGAUCGUGACCGUGACCGUGAACGAGAAAGGGACCGUGAACGGGACAGAGAUCGUGAUCGUGGUGAUCGCGCUGACCGCGAACGUGGUGAGCGCAGCGAGAGAGACCGCGAACGCGAACGGGAUCGGGACCGCGAACGAGAACGAGAGCGCCGUGGAGACGAGGAAGGGACACGAAGCGGCAGCCGACGAGAAGAACGCGAACGCGCUCGUGAAUACGAACGAGAACGCAGCCGCCGUAGUGACGCUGGCGCGGCUGGCAAUCGAGACGAUGCCCGUUACGAACCACCCCGAGAAGUACUACGACGGGGAGGCGGCAAUCGUGACCGCCGGGAGCGGCGCGAACGAGACGAGGGAGCAGCAGCAGAUUUAGCCUCCCACGAACAUGAAGGCCGUCUACGGCCUCCAUCGUCUAUGGGCGUCCCACCUCCACCGCCUCCUCCGCCCCCGCCUCUCCCCGGAAGUGCCGAGGAUGAGCGAAGAUGGGGCGGCGGCGGUCGCGAGCGCGAGCGCGAGCGUAACCGGGACCGUGCGCGAGACCGUGACUAUGGCGGCGGUAGCGGUGGUGGUGGCCAUCGCAAGCGCGGACGAGGCGGAGAUGACGGACAUGGCGAAGGAGGAGGAGGAGGAGGUCGUGGAGGAACACGGAUGGGGAAUGAGAACAAGAGGCCUCGUCGGGGUAUGUAAACAUAUUUUGAUCUUUCUGGAGUGUUUGAUACUGUCUCUCAUUGAUCUAUUUCGUUUAUUUUUCUCAUCUAUUUAUGCAUGAUCGGGUGUUGGAAUGGCUUUUUUCUUUGCUAGCGAUUAUUAUGUAUUAGCAUAAACGGUGAAGCAUUCUGUUGAUACUAGAAUAUAAUCUCAAUUGCUCC